UCCGGGUUUUUAUUAAAUUUGAAUCAAAGGCGCUAAACGUAGGCUUCUAGCUUGUACUGUAUGUAAGUUGUGGGGAAACAAACGCGGAUAAAAGGUGAGGUGUAUUUUAAGGAUAGAGAGAAAAUGACUGACGCUGAGGAAGAUUUUAGAGUGCAGUGCUCCUCGAAAAGGUCGGUUUGCGAGGCAGUGCAGCAGUACGGGCUACUGCUGGGGAAGGUCUUGGACAGACAAUCCCAGAUCUCGGAAGAGCUGAGGAGUCGGGCGUUGCAGGAUUUACAGUGGAACUUCGAGACUGCCGUUCAGAAGAACGUGGUGAUCAAUGGCGAAUCUUGGGAUGACGCGCCCGAUGACCCAGUUAACGUUGUAUAUUAGCUACAGUUUCCUGAC